AUGGCGUCACACGAUGUGCGCGACGUCCUCAACCUGCCCGCCGACGGUGCGGGCGCCCGCCCGUCCAAGAAGCAGAAGACCUCGGCGCCACGGCCCAACCUCAAGGGCCUCGCGCGAGAGGUCCAGAAUCUCGGCGGCGACAACCCCAUCGCCAUCGUCCCCCAGAUCUCGUCAUUCAAGAAGCGUCGCUUCGCCAGCCGCAAGCCCGCCGCAAAAUGGGAGAUGCGCCCUUUCCACAACUCGGCCCGCGACGACACCACAUUAAUCCUGAGGCAUUGGAGGAGGAAGGACGAUGCGCCGCCCGCCCAACCACCACCAGACUCCCACGAUGGCCAGCCCGCCGACGACAAGAUGGCCGUCGACGAAAGUUCAGCCGAGAUCGAGGACUCGUCGUUCGCCAAGUUCAACGUCAAGGUCCAUGUGCCCCAGUACAGCGACGACCAGUAUAAUUCGUCCCUCGCCAACAGCGACUGGGACAAGGACGAGACGGACUACCUGAUGGACUUGGUUCGCGACUUCGACCUCCGAUGGGAGCUGAUAUGGGAUCGCUAUGACUACCAGCCCGAUAUUAUCCAGUCCACCGAGGGCGGCGACCUCCCUGGUGACGAAAACCCUAGCAGCGCUGUGGUCGCGGCACGUAAACCUCGCACUAUGGAGGAGCUCAAGGCUCGUUAUUAUGAGGUGGCAGCCAAGAUGAUGGCCGUGCAGAAGCCCGUCCAGUACAUGAACGCCGAUGAGUUCAACCUGCACAAGGUCAUGACGAGCUUCAACCCCGCCGAGGAGGCCCGUCGCAAGAAGUUUGCCGAGAACCAGAUGAGCCGCUCUAAGGAGGAGGCACGCGAGGAGGAGGCACUUCUUGUCGAGGUCAAACGCAUCAUGGCGCGUCAGGAGAAGUUCAACCUGGAGCGUCGCGAGCUAUACAAUCGUCUCGACUACCCUCACGCCGAGACCACCCAAGACCUCAGUGCCUUCAAGACCAGCAACGGCCUCCAGACCCUGCUGCAGAACCUGAUGACUGCGGACAAGUCUAAGAAACGCAAGUCCAUCAUGGCUACUGCUGAUGGGCAGAGCACGCCUGCUUCGGCAGGGGCCUCGGCCCACCCGGGAUCAACACCCGUCGCAGACCCAAAGCGCGAAAGCAUCGCCGCCUCCACUACCGCCAGCAACCACCGCGACUCGAUCGGUGCCGCCGAGAGUCGUCCCGAGAAACCUACCAAGAAGGGCGCUGCGCAGCCUGCGGAGCGCCGGAAGCUCACCGAGCAGGAGGAGCAGAUCUAUGGUGUAUUUACUACCACCGAACGCCUGUCGAGUGGUCCCACGUUCCGCUAUGAGCGGAUCAACAAGAUCCUCACCACCAAGUCCAACGCCCAGCACCAGCGCAUCACCAACACCCUCGCUGAGCUUGACAUUCCCGGCCGGCUCAACAUGCCCACCAAGGACGUUGUUGAUCAGAUGGCCAAGCUGCUGGAUAAUAUCCAGACACUCCUCGAGUUGAGGAAGAUCAGUGACAAACUCGACGGGGAGAUCAAGCUUGAGCAGGCCAAGAAGGCCGAGAAGGACAAGCUCAAUGCCCCGACGCAGCCUCAACCCGCAGCUUCCGAGCAGGCGUCGGAUGCGCAGAAACCUAGCGAAACGAACGGCGAUGCAAAACCCGAAGCUGCGUCAUCUACCACGACAGAUGCAGCAAAGGCCGCAGCACCCUCGACGGAUGGUGCCAACGCCAGCGCCGAGGUUCCACCCACAGUCAACGGCGAAGGUGCUGCAGAGGCGGCCGAGGCCGAGGCCAAACCCAAGGAUGGUAACGCAGAGGUCAAGAAGGAGACCGCCGAGGACAAACCGCGGCCGGGGAGCAGUGGCGGUCAUAAGAGGAGUGCCAGCGUUCUGAGCACCGUCAGCGACCCAAGCGCAAAGAGGCAGAAGAAAUAG